GUUUGACAUGGCACGAGUGGGACUUGAACUCACAACCUCCCAAUUAUGAAGUGAACAGGAAAGGAGAAAAUGUAAGUGACCAGACCAGGAUCUGAUUGCCGAUGGCCAGUUUGCUCAGUUGAUGGAGCACCUCACCAGAGAUUCAGGGGUUCUGAAUUUGAAUCCUGCAUGGUCUGCUGAUGAUGCGGGAUUCGAGACACAAAUUUACAACAACACUGUAUGUAAGACUCCCCAUUUGAACAAACUCGGGUCACAGAGCCUUGUUUUCACUCACGCCUACACUUCAGUAAGCAGCUGCUCACCUAGCAGAUCAACAAUAUUGUCAGGACUGCCUCAACACCAAAAUGGAAUGUAUGGUCUUCACCAAGGCGUCCACCAUUUUAUGUCAUUUGAUGGAGUUCGUAGUCUUCCAUAUUUACUACACCAAGCAAAUAUUAAAACAGGUAUUAUUGGGAAGAAACAUGUUGGCCCUAAACCAGUGUAUUCAUUUGACUUUGAAGAAACCGAAGAAAAUAAUUCAAUUUUACAAGUUGGCAGAAACAUCACACGCAUCAAACAACUAGUGAACAAGUUCCUCACCCAGUAUGGGAGCAGCCCUUUCUUCCUCUACAUUGGCUUCCAUGACCCACACAGAUGUGGGCACACCCACCCUCAGUACGGGGCCUUCUGUGAGAAGUAUGGAGACAAUUCUACAGCUGAAAUGGGCCACAUACCAGACUGGACACCUGUACAUUACGAUCCUCAGUCCAUCAAGGUGCCUUACUUCAUCCCAGACACCCCGGCGGCCAGGAAGGACAUUGCUGCCCAGUACACUACGAUAAGCAGACUAGACCAAGGGAUAGGGUUGGUCCUUGGAGAGCUGGAGAGGAGGGGACUGUUACAGGACACACUAGUGAUUUACACCUCGGAUAAUGGUGUUCCGUUCCCCAGCGGUAGAACCAACCUGUAUGAUCCAGGAAUGUCUGAGCCCUUUCUCCUGUCCUCCCCCUACCACAAGAACAGCUGGGGAAAGAGAAGCAGUGCCUUGACAAGUUUACUGGAUAUUGUUCCAACAGUGCUAGACUGGUUUCAAUUGCCAUAUCCCAAGUACAAACUUUUGAAUCACCCUGUACAAUUGACUGGGAAAUCCCUUCUUCAGCUGUUAGAUUCUGAUCGUACAGAAUCAUGGGAUACUGUAUAUGCCAGCCAUAAUUUACAUGAAGUGACCAUGUAUUAUCCAAUGAGAGUGAUUCGAACUAAUCAGUAUAAACUGAUUCAUAAUCUGAAUUUCCUCAUGCCAUUUCCCAUUGAUCAAGAUUUUUACCUUUCACCAACAUUUCAAGACAUUCUAAACCGCAGCAAAUCAGGAGAGCCUACUCAUUGGUCGAAAUCUUUAUACAGCUAUUACUACCGUGAUGUAUGGGAACUUUAUGAUAUCAACAAUGAUCCACAGGAGAAAAUUAAUCUCUGGGGAGAACCUACGCAUCGCAAAAUUCUGGAAGACUUGAAGGCCAGACUCUUUCUAUGGCAGAAUAUCACAUCUGAUCCCUGGAUUUGUUCUCCGAAAGGAGUGUUGGAGGACAAGGGGAUUUAUAAAAGUCAACCACAGUGUCUACCAUUGUACAAUGGAUUAGAUCCUGACUGAUUGAGAAACAGGGCUGCGUUCCAGAUCGUAAUGGUAAGCCUUGGGAUUAGGUAUGGUGGCUUAUUUGUGCCAUUUUACAUUGUCAUCUCUUCAUUAUCUUGAGGCAAAAGGUAACUCAUAUUAUCAUUUUGUUGUCUUUUUGUUAUUUUAGGACGAAAAGUUGCUAAAUAUCAUAUUGUUGUCUUUUCGCUUUGAAAUAACAAAGACGAUAAACUGUAAAAUGGCACAUAUCAGCCACCAUACCUAGCUCCUAGGCAAGCCACUACGCAGCCCAGCAUUGAACUUGCGGUAACAGAUAAAAAUGGCAUCCAAACUUCAUACAGCAGAAUUUCUGAUGUGGUGAUUGAUCAAAAUGCUACAAAGUACAUGUGUAUGUAAAUUACUUGUAUGUUUAAUACCUGUUUAAACAUACAAGAUUCAUCUCUUUUUAUCAUACACCUGAAAACAAACAACAUUAUCUACGUGUAUCCAAAAGUUUCGGAUAUUUUGAACCGAUGCAGAAGUCAGGAAUGAAAUGUAUAAAAUAUUGAUGUCAAAAUGCAUAAAUCCAAAAAUGUCAAAAUUAAAUCAUGAUAUAUUUAGACUUUA